AUGAGCAUUGCAUCAGUCUUGAACGAUAGUCAAGACGAGGAACAAAAGACCGACGACCAGACAAGCCAACCCAACGAGGUCCAGUCAAUAGACGAUGGCACGGACAGCAGAGACUUCACCGACUAUUGUCCAAGCGAGGCCACGUCCGCUAGCUCUUUUGAGUCAUCGAUCGCGGGGCGAAAGCGCAGACGUCCUCGUCGGGGCUGCAAGAAAUACACAAAUGAGCAACGAUAUUUCAUUUGGUAUCACCGAACAGACCUGAAGGAAGCCUGGGACGACGUCGAAAGAGAGUUCCUCCGUCAGUUUGGCGAAGUCAGAAAGAAAUCUGGACUCCAAUGCAAAUUCUAUCGCGUUCUCCACGAAGCAAAGGUCGAAAAAGUGAGAGAACAAGCAAAAUCCGGACGCAGAUAUCGAGGAGACCUUGUCGGCAGGUUUGGAGUGGUGGACAGAACCGCCGAGCGAUUUGCCUGGAUGCGACCAGAGGAUCAAUCGAGACCUCCUCUGCCGUGUUUUGCCACAGAUGACUGCCGAAAUCCGACUUACAAGAUUUGUGCCUAG